CGUUUUUAAUUUUACUUCCGCCAGCCCACGGGCGUGGUUGUGUGUACGUUUGUGAGAAACAACUUCAAAAAUGGAAACCAAACAAGAAUUGACUAGUUGCCAAGAAUCUGCCAUAGAUGUCCACAAUGACUUGGUAGAUUAUAUUGGUCAGAAGCUUGACGAAAGUGCGUUUGAACGAUUGAGGGAUUUUUUCACUGACAUUCCAUUUAAAACAGCAGAGCUGGUUAAUAUAAAAAGUGUUCGUGCUCUAGUCAAUGCUCUAAUAAAACAUACAAUUAUAGAUAUUGGGAACUAUGCCAAAUUGAUACAAAAAUUGCGGCGUGUGCAUCCUCAGCUGGCAAUUCAUGUUCAGAAGAAAGAAGAUGAAAUAAAGGCUAUUCUGAAUGAUGAUGGUCCAUCACCAACCAAACAUAUCAGGAGAGAGGAAAGUCAACAACAACCUACAGCAAACCUGUCUGCUGUGAAUACACCAACAGCCAGCACAAGCCAGGAAACACAGAAAAUCCAUGACGACCUAGUACCCAUGAUAGCCAAAGCCAAAAAAAAGAUCAAAACAGAAAUAAAGGAGAAAACAUUUUUGAAGACCAAAGCUUUCCGUGAUGCUCAAGAGAAACUUCCAAAGAACAAGAUUGUAGUUAUAAAGGGUAACAUAGGUGACGGCAAGACCUCUUACGCCAUUCGACUCAUGGACUGGCUGGUCGAGGAGCAGCAAUGCAGAAAUCCACUUCAGCUUCACAAAAUAGAGAAUUUAGAUUUAAUGUCACCAAGUUCAAAUCUGAUUGCUUUUAUUGAUGAUAUUUUUGGAAAGAAAGAUUUAGGUAGAAUUGAUGAGUGGGACGAAAGAAUCACAGAUGUAGAGACACUUUUUCUUGACGAACAAAUUGAGCCCAAUUUUUUGCUUAUUACAAUCCGUAAUGAAAUAUUUAAUGCUUUGAAAAAAUCUUCUUUGGGAAAAGUUUUCAAUGAAGAAAAUAUCAUUGAUCUAAGUUCAGAUAAGUACAAAAUUUUAGAGGAAAGAAAAAGCCUUUUAGAGUUGUAUAAACCAGAAGAUGAGAAUUUUUCAUGGACACAGAUAGAAAGAGAUGAGAUUUUAAUUUGCUCACCGAAGUUUGGAUUUCCACAGUGUUGUUACCUUUUUCGUAACGUCACAGAAUUGCAGAAAAAUCGGACACAAUUUUUUAAGACUCCUAUCAAAUUUUUUAUUGAAACAUUGGCAAGACUACCACAAUGUUCUGCCAUCUUGUUUCUCUUCCUCAGUGGAGGGAAGGUAAAAGCAACAGAUCUAGAUCCAAACAGUGAUAAAAUCAACACAAAAUACAAAACAUUGUUAGAUCAAGCCUUUAACAUCAAACUGUUUGAUGGAGGAGACAACAGAGCCCAAAUGACAGAUAUGGAAAGAAUUGGAUUUGUAAAAGAAAGUUUAGAGAAGUUAUUAGGAGGUUUAGUGGUGAAGGAGAAAAGAUGGCUUCACGGUGGUGUAUACAGAUUUAGUCAUGCUUCUAUAAAUGUCACAGUAGCUCUUUUGUAUGGAAAGAAAACACCAUUUGGUUACAUAAAGUAUUGUCCCAGGGAAUUCCUAAGGUAUCUAACAACCUCAGAAACAUCCUCAAACAUGGUUGUCAUAUCACCUGAUCAUUAUACAUGUUUGUGUGAACGUCUUCUCCGAGCAUUUGAGUGUAACACAUAUGAUGUUAUUAUUGGCUCUCUAGAAAUUUGGAAGGAUCGGGUAUUUGUUGAAAGAUUUUUCAGAUGGUUGAAUUAUAAAGAGGUUAAUGAACUUGAUAUGUUAAAUAAGGCAUGCUAUAAUGGUGCAAAGGAAUGUGUGUUAUAUCUUUUGAGAAAGGGAGUUAAACCUGACAAAGCCACACAGAUAUGGCUAAUGAUUUUAGGAGGUUACAUAUUUAGAGGUGGAAAGGGAGAUGUGAAUGUACUUAAGGAAGUUGUUACAUACCUGAAUGAAGAGAUAAAACUUGACUUGUUGAAGAAUGCAUGUGAUUCUGGUUCAGAAGAAUGUGCUUUGUAUCUUCUGAGGGAAGGAGUCAGACCUGACAAGGAUACAGAAUGUUGGCCAUUGAUUUCAGGUGAUAGGUAUGGAGGUAAGGGAGAUGUGGAUGUACUCAAAAAAGUUGUUACAUACCUGAAUGAUGAGAACAAACUUGUCUUGUUGAAUAGAGCUUGUGAUUCUGGUUCAGAAGAAUGUGCUUUGUAUCUUCUGAGAGAAGGAGUCAAACCUGACAAGGAUACAAAAUGUUGGCCAUUGAUUUCAGGUGAUAGGUAUAGAGGUAAGGGAGAUGUGGAUGUACUCAAAAAAGUUGUUACAUACCUGAAUGAUGAGAACAAACUUGUCUUGUUGAAUAGAGCUUGUGAUUCUGGUUCAGAAGAAUGUGUUUUGUAUCUUCUGAGAGAAGGCGUCAAACCUGACAAGGACACAAUGUUGCAUGUGGCGAAGGGAGGGAGUGUAAAUUUGUUUAGGAAACUACUGCAGUAUGGCAUCACUCCAACAUCGAGGGAUGGUAACAAUGACAAUGCCCUACAUAAGGCAUGUCAGUAUGAGAGAAAUGAGAUGGUGACCAUGUUGUGUGAUUCUUAUCCAUAUUUGGUACAUGACACUAAUGAAGAAGGACAAACCCCACUCCAGGUGGUGGCAGAGACAGGAAAUUGUUGUUUAUUCCAGAAAGUCGAAACAACUACAUUGGAAAGUCUCUGUAGAGUUGAACGUGAACAAAACAAAUGUGAGACAGUAGACGGACAUAUUGUACACAGGAGUUGUGCGUGUGCUCAAUACAUGUCGAAGUUAGUGGAUGAUGAAGGACAGACGGUGUUACAUGUUAGUUGUAGGGGAGGACACAAAGAGGUUUGUGUAUAUUUGUGUGAAACCUUCCCAGCGCUGACAGCAGCUGUAGAUGAUGAAGGACGGACUGCAUUACAUGUUAGUUGUAUGGAAGAAAAUGAGGUGAUUUGUGAAUAUUUAUGCGAGAAUUUUCCAUCGCUGACCAUAGAUUUAGAUAAUAAUGGCGGUCAUUUUCUACAUUACGUAGCUGAGUAUAUGUAUUUCGAUGAUGUGGGCUGGUUCCAGACAUGUGAGACUUAUGUAAAACAGUACCUAGAAUCAACGGGAGAAAGGUAUGACAUCACAAAUAUAAUUGACUGGUAUGGAAGGUCUAUUCUACACGUUGCAAUGGAAAGAAUAGAUUGGAAAGAAACCAACCUUUUAUAUUAUCACCUAGCCAAAGUAUUUGCUGAAUAAAAGUGCUGGCAUUUUUCCUGUAGAAUUGUUACAAUACACGUUUAGGUAAUAUUCUUUGUCCCUGAGCUUGGUUAUUUUUCUGGGAGAUGGAGCUCCUUUCCGGUUUGUCUUUCUAGUACAAUUGUCAUAAUACACUUUUAAAUGAUAUCCUUUGUACACAAGCUCUGUAACUUCUCAGUGGUGUAACGCCGUUUCGAAAUCUCUCUCCAGUAAUUUUUAUAAAAUGAUGCGUUGAGAUGGUGGAUUUCUGGAUGAUGGAGUUACCUUCCCGUACAUCUCCCCAGUAUUAUUGUCAAUACCUUUUUAGGUAAUAUCUGCGUUGUAGUAGGAAAACAACUUAGCAUGUGCCAUGAUUGUUAAAAUACCUGUGAGAGGUAUUCCUCUGGUUUUCUUGUUUUGCAAAUCAUUCCAAUGUUAAGACUUUAAGAACACCAUAAUAGUCCGUAUACUUUUUAUAGUCAUUGAUACAAUGAUAUACUGUUCACCAUAUGUCUUAUAGUACGUCAACAUUUUUAAGGUUUUAUUGAAAGAAAGAAAUCCUGAAACAUCACAUGAUUUGAAUAUUGCCCCUCCUUUCAGUAAUUUUUUUCAAUUGAGCCCUCUAUCUGAUUAGUCCACCUUCAUCAGAUAGUGGGAUGUUGCAAUUACAUAACCUCUCUGAUCAGUCAUUAGUCCCUGAAUAACUCUUCUUAUUGCUAUUUCUUGAAAAGUAAUGGAUUAAUCUUUCAAAAUUCCAUACGAAGGUUCUCUUUGGUUCCUAGUUGUGCGCUUUUCAUUGUUGGACCAAUCAAAAAACAAAAUGGCUGUCAGGCGGCCAUGUCGAUUUUUUUUUUUUUUUUAAAUUAAAAUUAUAGCUAUUUAAUGAAAAGUACAAGAUGGAUCUUCCUCAUGUUUCAUAUGAACUUGUAAAUCACCCUUACUCCCUAGUUGUGUUUUUUUUCAAUUUUUUGACUGAUCAUAUAAACAAAAUGGCAGACUGGCAACUCUCUUGGAUUUGGUCUUUUAAAAUUAUUAUCACUAUUUCUGUAGAGGGAUUUUCAAAUUUCAUGUAAUCGAGAACUAAACGGGAAAGAAAAGAUGGGAAAAGAUAAGACCUUUUAAAGAAAUAAUGCAAGUCAAACAAUGGUGGGCAGGAAGCUUAAGAUAGAGGCUCUGAGAGUUAUAUUUAUACAAUACACGAUUGAUAUUAAUAUGCAUUGAUGACUGAAGCAUGGGAGGUAACUCCUGUGUAUUUUUGUAUCUCAAUUCCUGAAAAAUAUAUAGUAUGUACAGUUACUAAGGUGGUAACUGUGACAGAAUGUGUGGUAUUUUGAUACUGGAUUAUUUUUCAAUGAAUUUCUUUAUGAAUUUAUAUAUUAUUGUUUUAUAUAACUGCAUUGUAUUGAUAUACAAGACAUAUAUGCUAUAUAUCACAAUGUGAUACCACAAAGUCUGUGAUGAUACAUACAACAAAUUCUAUAUAUAAUGCAUGACAGGAGAAAGUAAUUUUGCAUUAUGGAUGUUGAUUUAAUAAAAAAAGUGUCAUAAUUAUAAAGAU